UAAUUAUCCAUUACCCACGUAACGAUCAUCGGACAUGCAACGCUUCGAAUUAAAAACAAUUCAUUCGCAGCCACGCCUCGAUCAUAACGUGACCCUCUGCUUCGACAUGCUGUUCACCUUGUUUACACUCACACUAGUCGUGAUAUGGUUGUAAGCAAUACAGGUGGACUUCGAACGAUUCGAACAGCUUUCGGGAUUCGAUUACUACAGCAGUGCGAUGCGACAAAGCGUAAUCAAAUCGACCGACCUCUGUCACAGCAGCCGUGGAAAUCAACAGUUCAAUCACUAUCCGGUAAAGCUUCCCACCACAAACGUAUGUCAGUUUGUUCAAAACCUGUACACCGAUUACCUUGACUAUCUGGAGGAUAUGUACAACAUAGCUGACGAAGGCGAAUGUCCAAUCGCGCCUCGUUUUUCCCGGCAGACCUGUGAAAGGCACCUGAUGUCGAGGUGAUUCACUUCGAAAUGAUCGUAAAGGUUACAAAUGACUUUGUAUGAUAAGUUCCUUCAGGAGAUGAGUUCUUCAAAGAGCACUUCGAUAUAUUUUCGGUUACAAAAUAUAUAUCGCUCAAGACCAAU